AUGGAGCCUACAUCGGACCAAAUACAACACCACCAGCCGGAAAAUGAGUUCGCCAAUUAUAAGGAUUUCAAACAGCAGCCCAACGAGAAGGGCCUUGGCGGAGAAGACCCGGAUGGUCCUGAAAAGGUGCACAAAAGCGAGGAGAGCAGUCCCCCAGCAGCAGGAGGGAAACGCGAGCUGAAGGAGGACGAAUGCUACGACAAACUGGCAUACAGCUGGCCCUCGUGGAAGAAAUGGGGCUUUCUCUCCAUCAUCGCCAGCAUCCAGAUAUCGAUGAAUUUCAACACGUCCGUCUUUCCCAAUGCGGUGACGCCCAUAGCCGACCACUUUGGCGUCAGCGAGCAGGCGGCCCGCGUGGGACAGAUGAUCUAUCUGGUCGCGUACUCGUUUGGAUGCGAGCUCUGGGCGCCGUGGAGUGAGGAGUUCGGCCGGUGGCCUAUCCUGCAGCUGUCCCUGUUUUUUAUCAACAUCUGGCAGAUCCCGGCGUCCCUCGCCCCAAGUUUUGGUACUAUCGUCGUUGCUCGUGCACUGGGUGGUCUGUCGACUGCCGGCGGUAGUGUGACCCUGGGCUUGGUCGCCGAUCUCUACGAGCCCAAUGACCAACACUGGCCCCUCGCCUUCAUCGUGCUCUCUUCUUGCAUCGGAACUAGUAUUGGCGGAGUGAUUGGCGGGCCCAUUCAAGCCUUCUUGUCUUGGCAAUGGAACUUCUGGAUACAGCUCAUCUUUGGAUUCACGGUGCAAUGCCUGCACUUCUGGAUGCCUGAGUGUCGGUCCACCAUCCUCAUCGAUCGGGAAGCCAAGCGGCGGCGCAAGACGGGCGAGGACCCCAACGUCUACGGUCCCAACGAGUUGAAGUCGCCGCGCAUCUCCCUGAAGGAGGCGGGCAAGAUCUGGCUGCGGCCCUUCGAGAUGUUUGUGCGGGAGCCCAUCGUGCUCUGCCUCUCGAUCCUCUCGGGAUUCUCCGACGCGCUCAUCUUCAUCUUUCUGGAAGGGUUCAAUCCUGUGUACAGCCAGUGGAAUUUCGGCACCCUGGCUAAGGCUUGGGCCUUCAUUCCUAUCAAUUUGGCUUACUUCAUCGCGUAUUUCUCGUAUUGGCCGUGGUUCAAGCGCGAUGAGCGCAUCCGCCGCGAGAAGGGCGACGACGCCUAUAUGCCCGAGCGCCGCCUCAAGUGGCUGCUGUGGACGGCGCCGCUGGAGCCCAUCGGACUCUUCGGUUUCGCGUGGACGUCUCUAGGCCCCGGGCGCGGCGUGCACUGGAUCGCGCCCAUGAUCUUCUCGUGUUUGAUAGGCAUCGCCAACUACACCAUCUACUUUUCGUCGGUGGACUACAUGAUCGCGGCCUAUGGUGUGUACUCUGCGUCGGCGACGGGCGGCAAUGCGUUCGCGCGCGACUUCCUCGCGGGCAUAUCGGCCAUGUUUGCUAUCCCCAUGUACGAGAACAUGAGCGACAAGUACCCGACCGAGUACGCGAGCACCCUGCUCGCCUGUCUGUCGUGUCUGAUCGUCGUCCCUAUCUACGUGUUCUACUGGAAGGGCCCGCAGAUCCGCGAGAGUAGCAAGUUUGCGCAGACCCUGGCGGCGGAUAGGAAGAAGACGGGCGGGCGCCGGGUGAGCCACGCAAGGCUGCCGUAUGAUGAGGUAUAG